GCGGGCCGCGGAAGUGGGCGCGGGCUCGGUGGAGGCCUGCAGGACCGAGUGCGGCCGGGGCCCGGCUUGCCGCGCGAGGCGGAGCGUCAUGGACGAAGCCGGCAGCUCUGCCAGCGGAGGCGGCUUCCGCCCGGGCGUAGACAGCCUGGACGAGCCGCCCAACAGCCGCAUCUUCCUGGUGAUCAGCAAGUACACGCCGGAGUCGGUGAUCCGCGAGAGCUUCGCGCCCUUCGGGGACAUCCAGGACAUCUGGGUGGUGCGCGACAAGCACACCAAGGAGUCCAAGGGCAUCGCCUUCGUCAAGUUCGCCCGCAGCUCGCAGGCCUGUAAGGCCAUGGAGGAGAUGCACGGGCAGUGCCUGGGUCCCAGCGACUCCAAGCCCAUCAAGGUUUUUAUUGCUCAAUCGCGAUCAUCUGGAAGUCAUCGGGAUGUUGAAGAUGAAGAACUUACAAGAAUCUUUGUUAUGAUACCAAAGUCCUAUACAGAGGAAGACCUGCGAGAAAAAUUUAAGGUGUAUGGCGAUAUUGAGUAUUGCAGCAUCAUUAAGAACAAAGUCACUGGAGAAAGUAAAGGUCUGGGCUACGUAAGAUAUUUAAAACCAUCACAAGCUGCACAAGCAAUAGAAAACUGUGAUCGAAGUUUUAGGGCAAUCUUGGCUGAACCUAAAAAUAAAACGUCUGAAUCCUCAGAACAAGAUUAUUAUAGUAGUAUGAGACAGGAGGCUUUGGGACAUGAACCAAGGAUAAGUACAUUUCCAUUUGAACAACAAUCUGAAUUUUCAAGUUUUGACAAGAAUGACAACAGAGGCCAGGAAGCUAUCUCCAAACGCCUGUCAGUUGUAUCAAGAGUUCCCUUCACAGAAGAGCAGCUUUUCAGCAUUUUCGAUAUUAUACCAGGACUAGAAUACUGUGAAGUUCAGCGAGAUCCUUAUUCAAGUUACGGUCAUGGAGUGGUUCAGUAUUUUAAUGUAGCAUCAGCUAUAUAUGCAAAGUACAAGUUGCAUGGAUUUCAGUACCCCCCUGGAAACCGGUUGGGUGUUAACUUCAUUGAUGAUGGGAGUAAUGCAACAGAUCUCCUUAGAAAAAUGGCAUCACAGAUGGUAGCUUCACAGCUUGCGUCCAUGGUCUGGAAUAACCCAAGUCAGCAACAAUUACUGCAAUUUGGGGGAAGUUCUGGAUCGCAGUUGCCUCAAAUCCAAACAGAUGUUAUCCUCCCAUCAUGCAAAAAAAAAGCUCCUCCUGAAACUCCCGUGAAAGAAAGACUUUUUAUCGUGUUUAAUCCUCAUCCUUUACCUUUAGAUGUACUAGAGGAUAUAUUCUGUCGUUUUGGUAACCUGAUUGAAGUUUACCUUGUAUCAGGAAAAAAUGUGGGGUAUGCCAAGUAUGCUGACAGACUAAGCGCUAAUGAUGCCAUUGCUACUUUGCAUGGCAAGAUCCUGAAUGGGGUCAGACUAAAAGUUAUGCUGGCAGAUUCCCCAAGAGAAGAGUCUAACAAACGGCAACGAACUUACUGAUUCUUGAG